UCCCAAAUUGUCACCGAUUAAGCUGAAUUCUUUCCCCAAUUGGCCAAUUCGAUUUGUAUAUGCAACCCUAUGUCUAUACCGCGAGCGAGGUCCGGACGGUCGACGCCGCUCCGUCAACCGGAGCCGGAGAAAAUCGACGGCGACGGCAGCUGGGACACCCUCGAAUGGACCAAACAAGUUUCGACUUUGAGGCCUGUGCCGCAGGGAUUGCAGCAGUUGUUGUUCGACGGGGAGUUUGUCAUAGUAGAGGGACAUGGCGUUGUUCUUGUGAACACGGACGAGGCCGGAGAUUUAUAUGUGACAAAUUUUCGUCUUCUUUUCUUGAGCGAUGGAUCUAGAAGCGUUAUAGGACUUGGCACAAUACCAUUGGCGGCAAUCGAGAAGUUCAGCAGAACUGGUAUGAAGCUUCCAUCAGCUCCUAAGCAGAUUGAUAAGAAUCCAUCUCAACGAUUGCUUCAGGUCAUUGGUAAAGAUAUGAGAAUUGUUGUCUUUGGCUUUCGGCCUCGGACGAAACAGAGGCGUGCUGUGUUUGAUGCUAUAUCAAGGUGGACUAGACCAGCUAGACUUUGGGAUCUCUAUGCUUUUGCUGCUGGAACUUCAAGAUACAGUAACACGACCCCUAAAGUGCGGUUAUUGAAUGAGUACUUCCGGCUUCUUGGGCUAGAAUCACGCAAAGCUUGCCCUAGAACACUUGAAGAUGGAUCAUUCACACUGUCCAAUGAAUGGUGGAGAAUCAGCAAUUUGAACUCUAACUAUACAAUGUGCCCUACCUAUCCAUUUGCCUUGCUUGUUCCAAACUCCAUAAGUGUUUCGAUCAUGCCUUUCCUUGCAACUUCUGUCAGCGAUGUGGAGAUACUGCAGGCUUGUUCCUUCCGUGCACGGUGUAGAUUGCCUGUAAUUUGCUGGUGUAACCCAGGAACUGGAGCUGUCCUAGCGCGAUCUUCUCAACCACUGGUUGGCCUCAUGAUGAACAUGAGAAGCAAUUCUGAUGAGAAACUAGUUGCCGCACUUUGGACUCAACUUUCUGGAGUAAGGGAGCGCAGGAGGAAGCUAUAUAUAGCUGAUGCAAGGCCUAGGAAAAAUGCAUUGGCGAAUGGUGCAAUGGGUGGUGGGUCAGAGUCCUCUGCCAACUACUCUCAGUCUGAGAUCGUCUUCUUUGGUAUAGACAAUAUACACGCAAUGCGCGAGAGUCUUGCUCGGCUUAGAGACUAUGUUGAUACUCAUGGUGCCAAAUCUUCAGAUGGGUUGUCUUCUUUUUUGAGGCAUGGUGGAUGGACUUGGGGAGGAGGAAAUCUCAGCAGUAUGUCUGCUUCAGUCUCAACUCUGGGGGACAGCGGUUGGUUGAUACAUGUUCAGAGUGUCUUGGCUGGCUCAGCUUGGAUUGCUGCUCGAAUUGCUCUAGAAUCAGCUACGGUGCUAGUCCAUUGUAGUGAUGGAUGGGACAGAACAACUCAGCUGGUUUCUCUUGCAAGUUUGUUGCUUGAUCCAUACUACCGGACAUUCAAAGGUUUCCAGGCUCUUGUAGAAAAAGACUGGCUUGCAUUUGGUCAUCCGUUUUCAGAUCGUCUGGGACUGCCUACUGUGUCGGGAAGUGAAAGCAUUCCUGAAUUUACACGGCAGGCAUCUACUGGGAGUUUAACUUCAUCUCCAAGUCGCCAAUCAUCUCCCCAGCCUAAUUCUUCUCAUGCACAAAAUAAUUGUUCACCUAUCUUUCUGCAGUGGGUUGAUUGCAUUUCCCAAUUGUUACGAAUGUAUCCCUUUGCCUUUGAGUUUUCUUCGGUAUUCCUGGUAGAUUUACUAGACUGUGUUCUGUCCUGCCGUUUUGGAAACUUUUUCUGCAACAGUGAGAAAGAAAGGCAUCAAGCUGGUGUUUAUGAUGCAUGUGGGUGCAUGUGGGUCUAUUUGGCUGAGUUGCGGGAUUCAGAUAGGCCUUCUGGUCAUUAUAACCACUUCUACGACGCAUCAAAAUUUCAAGGUCCGUUAUUACCUCCAGCAGCGGCUUUAGCACCAACGCUUUGGCCUCAGUUCCACCUUCGAUGGGCUUGUCCAUCAGAAUCCCAAGGUGGAGAGUUAGAAACACACUGUAGAAACAUGGCUGAGAAAUUAUCUGAAUUGCAGAAGGCAAAAGAUCUAGCAGAGGCAAAACUUAGAGAAGCAACAUCAGCUGUGGAGUCUUUGACAGAUGAGUUGCGAAACGAGAAACUCAGCAGCAGCUCAGCCAGGGACUGGGCUAGGAGUGCCAAAAAGGAAAAUGUUGCUAUAAAACGGGCAAUACAAGCACUCGGGUCCAAAGUCCAUUUUUCCGAAGAAGGUGAUUGCAUUGUUAGCAUCGAAAGCAUAGCAACAGAGAUCCCUCAAAAAUCUCUCUUUUCCACUGCUGGCACGCGGAGUGAUGAGAAACCAGAUAGUCCCGUGUAUGUUGCUCGUCAUGAAGAUGAUGAUGAUUCCAUCAACCCUAUAUGCCGGGUAUGUGAAUCUUUAUGCCCUCUACGCACCCGCGAGGGAGGGUGUAGAUGGCCUGAAGCUGGCUGUGCCCAGUGCGGUAGUCAGUUUGUCGGCCUAAAAGCUAACUUUGAUGCUUUCGACCGGCUUUCUAUAUACGACAGCUAUUUUGAUUCACAAUAGCAGCUUUUACAAGAAUUUUUUGUGAGAAAAAAAAUAUAAAGACCCUCAGUUGGACACGGGUCUUCGGGAGUGUAUAUACAUCACGAACAGAGUUAGCACAAGCCGGACUCAUUUCUGGCGAUCCACAUAGGUAGAAACAAGGCAAGUUCCUUCUUCUAACUCACUCUUAUUGUCAUCAUGGAUCAGGUAGUAUGUAUCAUUCUGGUGAAUAGAAUCCCAACUCAAUAGCUCUAGCUCUAAUUUUUUUGCUAUCCUUUAGAUGAAUAAAUGCAUUUUGUCACUUUCAUACUUCAACUAAGAUCAAUAAUACAAUAAAUUGAAAUAUCUUUGGAGGAAUGGUCAGAUGCAUUUUGUCAGAUGUAAUGAUUAAUUUA